AUGGCUAACAUUGCACGUGUGAUUAACAGCCGGGGGCUGAAUGGAUCCUUGCCACCUUGGGCCCACUCCAUACUGAGGUCCCUGGGGAGGAGCAUUGGUCCUUUAAUGGCCAAUUUGGCAGAGAGAAGCCCAAAGUUUUUCUCGGGGAGGGUGGUGCCAGCCCAGGGGGAGGAAACCUUUGAAAACUGGCUGGCCCAAGUUAAUGGGAUCUUGCCCGAUGGGAAUAUGCCUGAGGAGGAGAAGCUCAAGCGCUUGAUGAAAACUCUCCGGGGCCCUGCCCGGGAGGUCAUGCGCGUGUUCCAGGCAACCAACCCCAACAUAAGUGUGGCAGAUUUCAUACGGGCCAUGAAAUUGGUGUUUGGGGAGUCUGAUAGCAGUGUGACUGCCCAUGGUAAAUUUGUUAACACCCUGCAGGCACAAGGGGAGAAAACGUCUCUGUAUGUGAUCCGUUUAGAGGUGCACCUCCAGAAUGCUAUUCAGGCAGGGGCCAUAGCUGAGAGAGACGCUAACCAGACUCGCCUGCACCAGCUCCUUCGAGGGGCUGAGCUGAACAGGGACCUUCGCUUCAGGUUUAAGGAGCUUCUCAGGUUGUAUGCAAAUGAGCAGGGGCAUCUUCCUGGUUUCCUGGAGCUAAUCAGGAUGAUAAGGGUAGAAGAGGAUAGGGAUGGCGCUUUUCUCAAACGCAAGCGGCCCAGAAGGUCUGAGCCAGUUCUGGAGAGGGCAGCUAACCAUCUGGCCUUACAGGGCCCCCAGCCGGUAGUGACGGGCGGUGUGAUAGAGAUAGAUGAUACCCUUGAUGACUCAGAUGAGGACGUGAUCCUGGUGGAGCCUCAGGACCCUCCACUUUCAUCCAUGGCUUCUCCUCCCCUCAGACGCAGGGCUAGACCUCAGGAUCAGGUACUCCUGGUCAAUGACUCCACCAGCAAUUCCUGGGCCCAAUCUCCUUCCACUAGUGAUGGUUCGGUGUGUAAGAAUGAUGGUACCGAGGAGAAGCGUAAGGGCAGGAAGCGAAAAUACCCCAUCCCCUGUUCUUAUUGUCACGAAGCGGGGCACACGAAAGAAACCUGUGAGGAGAGCAAUAAGGCCCAGGUUUUUGAGAAUCUGAUUAUCACCCUGCAGGAGCUGACACAUACCGAGGAGGAGCCAAAAGGGGUCCCUGGGCAACCCAAUGACCCCAGUGAACAACAGUGA